AUGGCGGAGAUCUUUGGUACUAUAGCAGCAGCGGUCACCCUGGGCCCGGUCAUUCUCCAAUUCGGCCGCGUACUCCGUGACGGAGCCAGAUCAGUCAAAUUUGCGCGACGCGAACUCGAAGAAUUAGUCAACGAGAUGAGCAUAUUCACAGCUCUCUCUUUCGAAUUCUACAACGCCUGCUCGACCAGAAAGAAACAGACAAAACUUGUCCUGUCAGCCCAGAAACGUUUAGCCGAAUGGACUGAAGCAGCUAUAGAAGAUUUUGAGCAACUAUCAUACACUGUGGACGCACUGUCUACAGAUCCUAUCUACCAGCAUACCGCUUACCAAGUCGCCCGCGCCCAUUACGAUUGGUACCGUAGCAAGAGCUAUCUAGAAUACCUACGUGCCUCACUUAGCGUAGCGAGACAAAGCAUGAACGGGUUUACGAAUGUCUGCAAUAUGGAAUUGCUAGACGAACAACUUGUGUACCUCAAGUCAGUACUCACUACUCAACAAAGAAAGGAGAUGGAACAAGAAUUUGGCAUGCCGGUGGAGAAGCGGACAAAGGUCAUACAAAGCAUCAGAGACGGACGCGAACUCCAGCAGGUCGAACUACUUGAAAACCUCAGAGAAGCUUCGAUUAAGGUCUCAACAUUCGAGAAGCAGAACCAACGUACUAAGCCGGCUGAGCAGACCACACAACUACUGGCAUUCUCGGAGUCGGUGACUAAAUACGUUGAUCGAAUUCUACCUCUAGACAAAGAUGGCAAUAGACCACCUCGUUCAUCACCGCGUUCCAGGAAGGGAUCUAGCUCACCCCGUCACGACUCAUCGCAGACAUCUCAAUCCACUGCUACUAUUCGAACACAAUCCACGCAGCCUUCGCACCAGGGUGCGUCAGCGGCAGAAUCUCCUCCAACAUCUCCUGAGCCCCAGAGCAGCCCGCAAGGAUAUGUUCCUUCGGAAUGGGGGCCGCAUAUGGAUCUAUCCAUCCUGACUGACAGAAUGCAUCUCGAGCGAUUCAAGCCGCUCAGGCUCACAGAGCCGCUCAAGCCCAUCAAUGAUAGAACGAAAGGGAGAACGGGUCCAGGUCCAGUCACGCAACAGACGCGAAGCAGCAGCAAGACCCCAUUAUCUCCAUUGAACCCACGUCGCGAGAUGGGCGAAAGCAACCCCACAGAGCCCAGUACGCAACCUAUAAAGGAUAUCAGCGCAAGGACCCAUUUCCAGCCCGUCACUGUGGAAGAGAUUGAGGAAGACUCAAAAGAUGAGGCUUCCGAAGACGGCGAACCAACACAUGAGCAAGCUAGGAAGGCUGGACCGAGCAUAUGGCAGGCUACUGGUGCGUUUGGGGGAGAUAUGCCAAGGGGUCUGCGUAUACGACGGCAGAGGAGUCGGUCACCUUAG